ACAGAACAGCACGGACAGUAUGUGCCGCGCUGCUUUGCCGGCAGGUUUAUGUAAUAAAUUUAAUUUUCUUUUAUUAUUCUACACUUUUACAUCUAUAUAUAAAUAUAUGUGUGUAUAUGUAUAUAUGUAUGUUUAUAUAUCUAUAAUACAUAAAUGGUUAUUGAUGUUAUAUCAAUGAUUGGCUGGUGAUAAAUUAAUUCAUUUUAUUGGAUUUAUUUCGUUUUCAUCGAACAGUUAAUGAAAAAAUUCGGUGUAACGAAAAUUUACUGACUGUCGUGCAGUACUGUUGAAACGACGUUCCUGGGUGGAUCGGUUAUUUAUACCCAAAAUCUACGCUUCUUUAUUCAAAAAUAACGCUACAGUUCCAAUAUUAAAGUGAGCUCGAGUAAUUAUCCUAUUUUAUUAUAUUUAUAAAUUUAUUAUGUUUCAAAAAACUCACUUUAUUUACUUGAAUAUCCGCAGUGGUUUUUAAGCUCCAGAGUAGAAGAAAAAAACGAAGCAAGAGUUUAAGUGUAAUAACGGAAAAGAAGAAGUGCGUGUAAGUGAGAAAGAAAGGAGAAAGUCAAGAGAACGAGAGAAAAAAAAAAAGAAUAAAAGAAAAGAAGAAAAAUAAUCGAAAGAAAUAUUCAUAGUGUCUCUUCAUCGUGGCGUAAAAGCCAAGCUUAAUAACGUAAACUUAAGUGAUAGCACGUGAUCAAUGGCAAAGACAUCGAAAAAGGCGUAAGCGAUUUUGGCCUUGAGAUUCUUUGGGAAAUCUGAGCGUCAUCAAGUAAGAAAGACUGCUUAUCUUUUACUGAAGAUCGAAAAGUUUGGAUAGUUUCGAUACUAAAGUUUCCAAUUUAGAUAAUCUUAACAAGAACAAAAAACUAAUAUAGUUGAAAUUAUUUUAAAAAGAUGAAAUUUCAUGCUUAAAAAUAGAUGAAAGCAGCAUAGAGAAAUAAAGGAAAAUUCUAAUUUGAUUGAGAAAUAUAUACAAGUUUAUUCAAGUAAGUGUUGUUCAAUAAUAUAUGAGAAAGAAGGAAACAAAAAAAAAUCAGGAAUGCUACUUGAUUGAAGAUAGAGCCACGUGACUGUUGCUUCGUAAACACUGUUAGACCACGUGCUCAUCCCCUUUAUCCCCUCUUCGCGUUUACCAGCCUUACAGUCUUGUACUACGCAUUCAAACGUCUCUUCCUUCUCUUUAUUGUCAACCCCUUCAUCAUAAAAUAUUUCGAAAUUAUCAUUUCGACUGGAUAUCAAUCAUCUAAAAUGCAAAUCAAUAGAUGAAAAAUAUCAAGAAGAAAUUAUUCUCACAAUGAUUUAUACUGUCAUUUAUCUAGGCUAAUAUUGACCACGUGUAGUAUAAAAAAAAAAUAAACAAAAUAUUAGAGAAAAUUCAUUAAUAAUACUGCUGCUGAUUAGUGAAAAGUUGUUUAUGAAAUUCAAUCAGUUUAUCGAAGUGGAUUUCGAAGAAAAAUUUAGUAUAAUGGAGUCGAUGGUGGGUAAUAACAUACCCCCAUCACUUUCUACGUCUUCUCAAGCACACUCACCAUCGCAAUCCCAACAACAAAAACAGCAAGGAUUAUCAUUUGAAUUAGAAAGUGGGUUUGAACCACAGACACGAGCUAGAUCAAACACGUGGCCUUUACCAAGACCUGAAGGUUAUGUAGACGGAAGUGUUGUUGGUAGUGAUAACAAUGGUGGGAUUUCGAUUGGAAAAGACAUCAUUGAUGGUAAUGUUACCUUGCAACAAAAUACUCUUGGUCAAGGUGCAGCUGCCCUUAUUCCUCUUAAGAAAAAUUCAUCACGUCGUAAUGCAUGGGGAAACCUUAGCUAUGCUGAUUUGAUUACUCAAGCUAUCACGAGUGCAUCAGAUAAACGAUUAACACUUUCUCAAAUUUAUGAGUGGAUGGUACAAAACGUUCCUUAUUUCAAGGACAAGGGCGACAGCAACAGCAGUGCUGGAUGGAAGAAUUCAAUAAGACACAACCUUUCAUUACAUAAUAGAUUUAUGCGUGUUCAGAAUGAAGGCACUGGCAAAAGUUCCUGGUGGAUGAUUAAUCCAGAUGCAAAGCCUGGAAAGUCCGCUCGUCGCAGAGCAACAUCAAUGGAAACAAGUAAAUUUGAGAAACGAAGAGGUAGAGUGAAGAAGAAGGUAGAAGCUUUAAGAAAUGGUGGACUACAAGCAGAUGCAACAUCAAGUCCAAGUAGUAGCAUUAGUGAAGGUCUUGAUCUCUUUCCAGAUAGCCCUCUUCACGCAACUAGUAGUUUUCAGUUAUCCCCUGAUUUCCGACCUCGAGCAUCAAGUAAUGCAUCUUCAGUUGGGAGACUCAGUCCAAUUCCAGCAAUUCUUGGCGAGCCAGAUUGGACACCAAGUUAUGUAUCAUCAUACAGUCCUGAACAAUUAGCGGGAAAUCUUGCUGAGACGAUGAAGUUAGAAUCGUAUCAGAUGUAUCAAACACCAUCAUCAAGUCAUCAACAACAAAACGUACCUCCUCCAUCUUACUUUGAAGCUCAAUAUCAAAGAAAUAAUUCUCUACGUUCAUCAACAUCGCCGUAUAGCUUACGACCAGCUUCACAAUCCUCGAAUCAUCAAAGAUGUUCUAUUCAUCGUUUGCAACCGUGUUCAUGUCAAAUGGAUUCCAAUUCCGUCUCUGAUUUAGCAUCGACAUACCAACAAAAUGAUUCUUGUGUCUCAUCUUUGGGUGGAAAUGCUCAACAACAAUUAUCUACUCAACAACAACAGCAACAACGAAAGGCAGAUCAACAACAAUCUCAUUCACAAAAUCAUCGAAAACAAGAACAACAAAAUCAAUCUCAGAAUCAAUCUUUUGAGUAUCUCUUACAGUGUCAGCAACGACUACAACAACCAACUCAAAAUCAAACAAUAUCUACAAUUAAUAAUAGUUCGUCGGAUAUACAAACAUCUUGUAUUAAUACUGCUAGUGCAAUGAUGGGUGAAUUAAUGGGUGCAUUAAACAAUACUGCCUUACUGGAUGAUCUCAAUAUCAAUAUUGAAGGUCUUCAUGGUGGCUUUGAUUGUAAUGUAGAUGAGGUUAUCAAACAUGAACUCUCGUUAGAUGGGACUCUUGAUUUCAAUUUUCAACAAGGUAUCAUUGAUUCAUCAUCUAUUCAAGUAAGCAAUACCGACAUUAUUCAGGGAAAUGUUGUGGCAACUACCAAUACUUCUUCACCGAUGUCUACUAAUUCUGCAUCUACUGGAGUUUAUGUAAACACUAAUCCAACAGCACCUACUGCACCACCCUCGUGGGUACACUAGCAGUAUAAAAUAGCUUCUACAACAUACUCAUUUUCUUGUCAGCAAUCAUAUAUUCUACAUUGUUCAACCAACACGUGGUUUCUUUAUAUUCAUCAAUACAAAUUAAGGAUUUUCUUAUAUAUGGCACAGGAAACAAUGCCAUGGAGGAAACAUUUGUGAUAAGAUUUAGAAUUACCAAUAAAAUUAUUAUGAUAUUGAUAAUAAUAUUGAACUACGACAAUGAAAAAUUGUAGGUAAUAGAGGCUUAAGAUGUAGAAAAAUUUAUAAUAUCAUUAAAUCGCUAGAUAUGAAUAAUAAAUCUCUAAUCAAAUAGAUGGAGUACAACUUUAUAAGAAUAGCAAAUGAUAAAUAAUUUUUGUUCAAAAUAAUUCAUAUUGUCAAAAUACCAUUUAAUUGGUAAUGUAUUGGUUAUUAGAAAUCGAAUAAGUUAUGAAAAAAAAUUAUUCAUUAUUUGAUUAGUUUUUCAAAAAUCAAUGUUAAUUAUUAAAGUAUAAUUUUCUUAUUAUAUAACAUUAAUUAGCUAUAGUACUCCAUGAAGAAAAUUUUUUCAUUGUUUUUAUUAAAAAUAAUAAGUCCCAUUGAAAAUAGUACUAUAUAGACUAAUUAUACAUAUUACAAAAAAAAAGUCUCAGAUUAUAUAGCAAUAUUAAUAAGAUAAAAUAUGAGCAUGAUGAAAUCCUGCUCAUUUAGUUUUGUAGUUAUAUAUACGAAUAUAUAUAUAUAGUGUAACCAUUUAAAUACAAAGUUACUGGGGCAUUUGAUGCCUAUGUUAUAAAAAAAAUAAAUUAUAUAGAUUAAAAGA